AUGUUGGCCUCUGUGCCGUCCUUGCUGACAACAUGUCAGCGUUCGGCCCUUUUUGCGCAGCAGGGGCUUCCUCCGCCAUCCACACGUUGUAGGGUAAAGAUGUCCUGCAAGGUGGAGGAGGAUCAAGCCCUUCGGAUUCUUCGACGUAGUGCUGUGGCCUUUUGUGCUGCAAGCAUCGGCAGAAAGGUCGCAAGCGCUAAGACUGCUAAGACCUCUGAGUCUGGAAAGACGGCCUUGAUCACAGGUGCCUCGACUGGAAUAGGCAAGGCGACUGCAGCUGAGCUGGCACAGUCUGGCCAAUAUUCACGGAUUUUCCUGGCUGGGCACAACGAAGCCAAGACUCGACAGGCCAUGAAGGAUUUGCGCGCUGAAGUUCAAUUGGACUAUUUGCCAUUGGAGCUUGCCUCCCUGGAGUCUGUGCGUCAGGCAGCUAAGACAUUUCAAGACUCCCAGUUGCCUUUGCACACACUUAUUUGCAAUGCAGCUGUCAUGGCGAUACCUGAAAGGCAAACAACGAAGGAUGGCUUCGAGCUUCAGUUUGAGGUAAAUUAUCUCAGCCACUUUCUUCUGGUCAACUUACUAAUACCACAACUGGCAAGCGCUGGAACGAAGGAGGAUCCCGCCCGCAUCAUUAGCGUCUCCUCUUCUGCGCACUUCGUCCGCAGUCCCUUGGCCUUUGGAGAUACCGAUGCUUUGAAUCUGGAAGACUCUUCAGGUCCACGGGCCUACUACCCCUGGACGGCCUAUGGACAAUCCAAGCUGGCACAGGUGAUCUUCACCUACGAAUUGGCCCGUCGCUUGGCUGAGCGUCAACUGCCCGUCGUGGCCAACGUCUUGGACCCGGGCAUCGUGGACACCGAGCUGCAGCGCUACCUGCCAACGCCCGCGCCCACGGCGGUGAUGCGCUUCGCCAAGUCGCCGAAGCAGGGCGCGGAGACCUCGGUGAUGUUGGCCUUGGAAAAGACGAAGACCUCGGGUGGCUAUUGGGUGGAUGGGAAGAAGGCAGAGAGCCUUGGCCGCGGACCACCACCACUGCCGUUCAACAAGGAAUUGGGUGUCGAAGGGUCCACGUCCUAUGACACCAAAACAUGGGCAUCCCUGUGGCGCCAGAGUGCUGAGCUUGUUGGGAUUCAAACACCCAUUUGA